AUGACAAAGACUUCACACUUGAUUAUAUUGCCGUGUCAUUCAAUAUGGAAAUCAGGGCCUAAUUUAGGGGAAACACGAGAUGAAUGGCAUUUAGUUGAUUUUCAAAUUGAAGGAUAUGAUCAUCUUGCAUUUAAACAACAGAUUCUCACUAGUCUUCAACAAUUGCAACAAGAUCCCGAGUCAUAUCUAAUAAUAUCAGGAGGUGAAACAAAAUUAGAUGCUGGGCCCAUAUCGGAAUCAUUAUCUUAUUAUUUGUUAGCUAGUAAAUUGUGUCAAAAUGAUCUGUCGAUAUUAUCAAGAGUAUCAACUGAAGUAUUUGCACGAGAUUCAUUUGAAAAUGUCAUUUUCCUGAUAUGUCGAUAUUAUGAAUUAUUUGCAAUGUAUCCAGAGAAAAUUACCAUAGUGGGAUUUGAAUUUAAACGAGAAAGAUUUGUUAAACAUCAUUUACAACAAGCAUUAUUAUUUCCUGAGAAUAGAAUCAAUUAUAUUGGGAAUUCCCCUGAUCCAAAAGAUCUUGAUGAAUUAGAAAUUGAAAAAUAUUUUCAAGAAUUAAAUGAAGGUGAAUUCAAAUAUGCUGUUAAACAUUUUCAGAAUGAUUGGUAUGGAUUACUGGGAUCUUUGUUAAAGAAAAAGAUUGCUCGAAAUCCAUUUAAUCGAUAUCAUGGGUAUAGUGAAAGUAACCCGAAAUUGGCUGAUUUCCUACGAGCAAUAAAAGAUGACAUCACCAUCACCACCACCACCUCUACUACACGUUCAAAUGAAAAUAUUAGAGAUUUACUCUUGGAUAUGGUUUGGGUUGAAUAA